CUGUCCUCCCUUGACUGCUCCUACCAAUGGCUUUGUGACAUACAGUAGUUCUACUUCUGAUGAAAACGGCAACUAUGCUUUCAACACCAUGGCUAACCACAGUUGUGACACUGGGUUUGUUCUGGUUGGUAGCAACACAAGGACUUACACUGGAGAUGGUAGCAGCACUACUGGUGUUUUUGAUGGAGAAGCAGCAUUUUGUGAACUUACCUGUGUCCUGCCCACCCCUCCUCUUAAUGGAGUGUUGCUCACCAACACUGACCAAACCGAGAGCUCAGUCACUACCUUCCAAUGUGAUCCUGGUUUUUCACUGGUGGGUACAGAGACUGCUACUUGUAACAAGUCUGGUUUAUGGGAUCCUGACCCGGCUCUAUUGGAGUGUAACAGUGAGGCAAUAACUGGUGCAUGGAAUGUUGCUGCUCUAUCUGGAGGUUUUGUUGCUAUAGUGAUGGUACUGAUUCUACUGGUUGUCAUCUUAGUAGUCACUAUCACAAAGAAAAGGAAAGCCAAUGGACUUCCAACAGCCCCAGUUGAUCCAGUAUACGAGGAAGUUGGUUUAGCAAUGACACCAAGAACACAAGACCCAACUAAUGAAGUUUAGGACAAGUGAGGAAAUAAAGUGAUUUGUGUAAUGAUGCAUGUGUGUAAUGAUUAUCCUACCCCAUGCAGACGGCAAAACAAAACAUGACUUUGCUAUCGAUCGCGAAUCUGGCAUAUGGAGAAAUCAAAUACUUGAGUACCUAAGAACUGACUUACUUUUGAUGUAGAUAGUUUGCUUUAAAAGUUAAUUGAUGUAUCUUUUAUUAGCAGCUAUAGAUAGCUAAACAAGUAACUCAUUAC